UCAGCGUAAGAAUUAACAGCAAAGAGACCUCUGGUAGGUUGACAGUUGGGUGUGGGUGACAUGUGCUAUAAAACAUGCUUCAGGAUCUGUAUAUUGAGAUUAGGAGGUAGUCUAUGUGUAAGGUGAAGAACAACAAAGGAGAUUCAAGGGAAAGAGAAGCCAGGAGGAUGUGAACAUCUGUAAGGAAGAUCAUGAUAGAUUAGAACUUAGUUUUAAGAGUAAAGUUGUUAAUUGAACUAGGUGGACAGGGCAACUUCUGCAGAUAUUAACUUAUGUUCCUGUCUGGUAAAGCCUUCAUAGUCUGGAGGAUGUCCUCUUUCUUCUCAGUGUUGGAUUGGCAGAGGCUGGGCGUGUCCAUGAGUUUGGUAUCUGGGUGUCUAGUAGGACUGGAGUAAGCUAUGUGGGUUUGAUGCCUGAAGUUUUAGCUUUCAUGUUUUUCAGGUUCUGUACUGCCUUAGUGUGUAACUCUGAACUUCAUAUAAAGUGUUAGCAAGUUCUCUACACAGGCCAGGUAGACAAAACAAUCCUUUUCCAGCCUGAGAACCAAGGACACCAUUGUAGCUUCAGGCCCAAAAAGUGUGAACAAGAGCAAAUUGAGGAGAGCCAUCUGGGAGGAUGGGACUUCAUAACCUGAAGCUGUAAUUGGACAAUUAACCCCAAUAUGUAAAUGGACAAAAACUUAUAAAAUAUGAAACCUCGUGAUCAGGUGUCCAUCUUGGGUGGAGUCAUGGCUGGUCUGUUGUACUGCCCAAGGUUUAUCUUUUGAAGGCCUUUUAAGAAACACCUACUUUAUUCCUUUAACUCUGUCUAGCCUCUGUUCAGGUAGCCACAGUAGGCAUCAGUUUCUUUCUACUGGCAGCCUACUUGAGAGGAUAGUCAUCCUAGAAAAAUUAUGUUCUUCAGCCUUGGAGAUUUUCACCCCCUGUUUCCAAAAGUGAUAUUAAAAUUAAAGACCCCUGAAAAGAAGUCAUACUCUUGAGAAGCUGGAGGCUUCACAGUUCUUAACUUUUGGAAAAACUGGGAAAAUGGCAUCAGAAGACAUCACUAAGCUUGCAGAGUCACUUGCCAAAACCAAAGUAGGUGGUGGACAGUUGAGCUUCAAAGGCCAGAGCCUUAAACUCAACACAGCUGAGGAUGCUGAAGAAGUGAUCAAGCAAAUUGCCGAAUUUGAUGGCCUGGAAGCCUUGCGCCUGGAAGGCAACACAGUGGGUGUGGAGGCAGCAAAGGUUAUUGCCAAAGCCUUGGAGAAGAAAAGUGAGCUCAAGAGGUGUCAUUGGAGUGACAUGUUCACAGGCAGGCUCAGGUCUGAGAUCCCUCCUGCUUUGAUCUCUUUGGGGGAUGCACUCAUCGCUGCUGGUGCUCAGCUGGUGGAGCUGGACCUGAGUGACAAUGCCUUUGGGCCAGAUGGUGUGCGUGGCUUUGAGGCUCUGCUGAAGAGCCCUGCAUGCUACACUCUGCAGGAACUCAAGCUCAAUAACUGUGGCAUGGGCAUUGGUGGUGGGAAGAUAUUGGCAGCUGCUCUGAAAGAGUGUCACAGGAAAUCAAGUGCCCAGGGCAAGCCUCUUGCUUUAAAAAUAUUUGUGGCUGGCAGAAAUCGCCUGGAGAAUGAUGGUGCCACUGCCCUGGCUGAAGCCUUUGGGAUCAUUGGGACUCUGGAAGAGGUCCAUAUGCCACAGAAUGGAAUUAACCAUCCUGGCAUAACGGCACUGGCACAGGCCUUUGCUAUCAACCCACUGCUUAAGGUUAUAAACUUGAAUGACAACACCUUCACAGAGAAAGGAGCUGUGGCGAUGGCAGAGACUCUGAAGGCACUUCGUCAGAUUGAAGUGAUCAACUUUGGGGACUGCCUGGUCCGUUCCAAGGGUGCUGUUGCUAUUGCUGAUGCUGUUAAAGAAGGGCUUCAUAAAUUAAAGGAACUGAAUUUGUCUUUCUGUGAGAUCAAGCGAGAUGCUGCUCUGACUGUUGCUGAAGCUAUCGAAGAUAAGACAGAGUUGGAGAAGUUGGAUCUCAAUGGUAACUGUCUGGGAGAAGAGGUGUGUGAGCAGCUCCACGAGAUCCUUGAAGGCUUCAAUAUGGCAUCAGUGCUGGGGUCUUUGAGUGAUGAUGAAGGGGAAGAGGAUGAUGAUGAUGAGGAGGAAGAUGAAGAUGAGGAGGAGGAAGAGGAGGAGGAACAGCAACAGCUGAAGGAGAGGGGAACGGAAGAACAGGAGUCACUGACUCCUAAGAAGAUAAUUGAUUCACAGGCUUCAACUCCUGUGCCAUCUCCUCCUGUGGAUGUUGCCACCUUCCUUGCUUUCCCAUCACCAGAGAAGCUGCUGCGACUAGGACCAAAGUGCUCUGUGCUGAUAGCUCAGCAGACAGAUACAUCUGAUGUAGAGAAAGUAGUUGCAACCCUCCUAAGAAUAUCCUCAGUCUUCAAAGAUGAGGCCCCAGUGAAAACAGCAGUGCAUGAAACAACAGAUGCCUUGAUGAAAAAAGCCUUCAGUUCUGCCACAUUUAAUUCAGAUGCAUUCAUCUCAAACCUCUUGGCCCACAUGGGACUACUUAAGAGUGAAGAGAAGAUCAAAACUGUACCAAGCCUCUAUGGUAUUCUUAUGACCUUGAACCAUAUGGUCCAGCAGGAUUACUUCCCUAAAUCCUUGGCCCCAGUUCUCUCAGCUUUUGUUACAAAGCCCAACCGUGCUCUUGACUCCUGUUCAUUUGCUCGCCACAUGCUCUUACAGACCCUCCACCAGCUGUAGGAGACAAGAGAUGUGCCCUUCCUUCUCCAUAGGACUGUCAUCAGCAGAGAACUCAGAGUCACAGAGUGGGAGAGGAUCCCAGAGCUUCUCAGACAUGCUGUCCUUUUCUCUUUUUCCCCUGCAGGAAAUCUGUCAUUCCUUCUGCUUUCAUAAACUUGAACAAAUCCAGUUGAAAUGUCCUCCUGCUCCUCUUGGUGAUUCCCUGGUCUGUAGGGCAGAUGCUUACGCUAAAAUAAGUCUAAACUGCUGUGAGCUCAGCAUGAUUUGAAGAGUUCUCCAUUUUGGUUGCAUUGGCAAGGGUGCCAAGACUAACACAGGGCCCAGAAGAGCUCUCAUCUGGAUCUACCCAGUUGGGCAUUUUAUUUUAUUGGACUUUGAUUCUUGCCUUAUAGCAUUUAGCACUGUGCCAGAGGGAAGCUCUGCUGCUGCUACUGCCCUGCUUCUCUGGGCCAAGGGGUUGCUGCUCAUGGCUCAGAGGGGUGAGGUGUGAUCCCCUUUAGUUCUUCUUUCAAGUCUGUUGUCAAAGGCAGUGUGUGGCCGAUGUUUAUUUUAAUAUACUCUUCCCCUUCUGCUGUGGCUUGGAAUAUUUGUGUAGUGUGGCUGAUCCUGGUGGCCAUUGCUUAAGGGAGUGAGCGUAUUUUAUUGUAAAUUUUUUUUUUUGCCAUUGCCUGUGUUGUUUAUUCUUCCUGCCCUUUUCCUUCUCACCCUAAUUAAAUAGACUUGGUUUGGAAAUAAUUAUAAUCCAUGAAAUCCCAGUGGAACGUGUCUCCCUUUCUCUUCCCUUUGACAAAACACUGGGCCUGUGUACACUGUUCAUAUGCUUGAGAGCCAAGCACGUGUGAAAAUAUGGAGAAGGAAGGUUGUGCUUUUCUCCGAACAAGUAGCAGCAGGUGCCCCUAAAUCUGUCUGGAGGGUUGUCCAUAUGCCCAUACGUGCCUUGGAACCACCAUGACAUUCCUCCAUACAACUUACAAAUGUUUAUGUUGGUUGCCUGAAAUGUUAUGUAAAUAAAAAUUAACUCCACA